AUGUUCACUUUCACCCCCUUGCUCGGCGCGCAAACAAAUUCGAGCGCCUUGCAGUCAAUCAUUGAACUUGAUGGAGGAGUCAAAAUUCUGGUAGAUGCUGGCUGGGAUGAGAAGCUCGAUGUUUCCCAGCUCUCUGAGCUCGAGAGGCAUCUAUCGACCCUCUCCUUUGUCCUCCUGACCCAUGCAAGAAUAUCUCAUCUCGGGGCUUUUGCUCACCUCUCCAAGCAUUAUCCUCUGUUUUCACAAAUUCCGGUUUAUGCUACAACGCCCGUUAUAUCACUUGGCCGAACUCUUCUCGAAGACGUCUAUGCCUCGACCCCACUCGCUGCAACAUUCCUUCCUUCGACUGGCUCAGCUACAGAGGGUACUCUGCCGUCUUUCUCCAAAGAAGCGCGAUCUAGCUUGUUGAUGCAAGCCCCGACAACCGAGGAAAUCACACGAUACUUCCAACGGAUUACACCACUCAAGUACUCUCAACCACAUCAACCAGUCGCAUCGGACUUUUCUCCUCCUCUUGAAGGUCUCGUUCUCACUGCUUAUAAUGCCGGCCAUACUUUGGGUGGAACAAUAUGGCACAUACAGCAUGGCAUGGAAUCCAUCAUCUACGCGGUGGAUUGGAACCAAGCACGAGAAAAUGUAAUGGGAGGAGCAGCAUGGUUUGGGGGUUUUGGAGGUUCAGAGGUUAUUGAACCCUUGAGAAAGCCAACAGCCUUAGUUUGCAGUAGUAAGAACGGGAACAGCACUCCGCUGGUCGGCGGGCGUAAGAAGAGAGAUCAGUCCCUGCUUGACAACGUUCGCAGCAGUCUGGCCAAGGGUGGGACUGUGUUGGUACCCUCCGAUUCCAGUGCUCGAGUGCUGGAAUUGGCCUUUGUCCUGGAGAAGGCUUGGCAGGAGGGGGCCAAUGACCCUACUCUGAAGAAUUCCAAGGUCUACAUGGCCAGCAGAUCAGCUGUGGCUACAAUGAAACAUGCUCAAAGCCUUCUGGAGUGGAUGGAUGAAAGCAUUGUUAGAGAGUUUGAGGGUGAAGAGGAAAACACCACAAAGACACACAAACGCGCUGGUAGCAAGCACACAAAUGGCGUUGCCCCCAAACCAUCGAAACCUUUCGAUCUAAGGUAUAUAAAGACGAUCGAGCGGCCGAAGCAACUUGAGAAAGCGCUGAAGAAAAGUGGACCCAAAGUUAUACUGGCCAGCGACUCCGCUCUGUCGUGGGGUCUCGCCAAAUUAGCUUUGGAAGAAAUCGCGCAAGGACCAGAAAACUUGGUGAUUCUUGCAGAGAAAUCGAAUCCAGCCUCAGAGGCAGAGAACCCUACUCUAGCACAGUCCCUUUGGCAGGUGAUGGAGAACAAGGAGGCCGGAGUAGCUCUUGAAACAUCCUCUGAUGGAGAUCAAAUCGAGCAGAUCCAUGGCGGCGGCAAACUUCUUGAAUACUAUGACGUCCGGAGAAUGCCUUUGGAUGAUAACGAAUCGCAGGUCUACCAACAGUAUAUGGCCGCUCAACAUCAGCUGCAGAGCUCACUCAUCUCUCGAACAGAAGCAGGCACUGAUGAGACGGAGAUUAUUGCUGAUGACUCCUCUAGCUCGUCCUCAUCCGAGGAUUCUGAUGACGAGCAUCAAGGGCGAGCUCUAAAUGUGAGUGCGGCUCUUGGACAUGCGGGGAGAGCCAAACGAGAUCUCAGCGAAAAGGAUCUGGGCGUGAGCGUUUUGCUGCGCAAGAAGGGUGUGUAUGAUUUCGAUGUGCGCCAAUACAAACGAGGAAGAAAUGCCAUCUUCCCAUAUAUCCACCAUCGUAGGCGUGGCGAUGAGUUUGGUGAGUAUAUCAAACCAGAGGACUACUUAAGAGCGGAAGAGAAGGAGGAAGCGGAUAGUGCGAAUGCAGGUGAAGCUGAGCACCGAGUUGGCCAGAAAAGAAAAUGGCAUGACGUUGCUGAUGAGAAGAACGAGAUGCGUGAAAAUAAACGCCAGCAAACGAAAAAAACCGAGCGAGGUGGAGAGAAACAGUCCGCUCGAGUGGCAAGUUCUGGUGAUGCUGAUGGAAACAUAUCUGACGACUCAGACGCGGACCCGGAGCCUGAGAGAUUCGAAGGACCAGCUAAAGCUGUCUUUCAUCGUCGUAGCAUGACUCUCAAUGCUCGACUUGCGUUCGUUGACUUCAGUGGUCUCCACGAUCAACGCAGCCUGCAAAAUCUGAUUCCUGUGAUCGAUCCAAGAAAAUUGAUUCUGGUGGGCGGCUCCAAAGAUGAGACGCAGGCAUUGGCGCUUGAUUGCAAGACUCUUUUAGCGGCCAAAGAAGGUGACAUGGGUGGUAAUCCCACCGUUGAUGUCUUCACUCCAGUAAUUGGCCAAGUCAUAGACGCAAGUGUUGAUACCAAUGCCUGGACAGUGAAGCUAAGUCGGGAUCUUGUGAAACGACUGCAAUGGCAGAAUGUUCUCAACAUGGCUGUCGUUACCUUGACGGGAGAGCUGAAAGCCGAAGAAUCAGCCACCGAACAAUCAAAUAGCAUGGGUAACCCAAGCAAGAAACAGAAGCUACUCAAGUCGGACACCCAAGAGACCCCUGCUUCCAGUGUAGUGCAGAAAGGCUCAAGCGAAAUUCGCCCGGUACUUGAUCUUGUCCCUGCGAGCAUGGCUGCAGCCACACGAUCUCUUGCCCAGACAUUACACGUUGGCGAUCUGAGACUAGCAGAUCUCCGUCGCCUGAUGGGGACUGUUGGCUAUACUGCGGAAUUCCGUGGUGAAGGGACCCUCUUGAUCAACGGAAACGUUGCGGUUAGAAAGCUCGGAACAGGCAAGAUCGUGGUUGAAGGGUCUGCUCUCAGCACUACGACGAUGCGUGCUGGUGUCCCAGCCAAUACAUUCUACGAUGUGAAAAGAACAAUAUACGAGGGCUUAGCUGUCAUUGCUGGUGGUUGA